UUAAGAGUAGUUGUACCUUGUUUUGGGGGAAUAGUAAGAAUGCAGCAAGUAAAAGAAUAUACUCCGUCAGAAAGAAAAGGUCACUCAAUGGUGAGGAUUGGUGACCAUCUUUACCUAUGGGGUGGCUAUCAACCUAGCCUCCCUUUUGCACACGACAGCGAGCAAAAAAGGACCAUGUCCUCCCGGAUUGAGGUGUAUCACCUACCGACUGGCAGAUGGGAGCAAAAACCCACCACUGGUAACCCUCCACUGGGUAUCACGGGCUAUGCAACUGCUGCCAUUGGAAACGAAAUCUUUUAUUUUGGUGGCUACUGCAAUCACGAUGACUGUUAUCAUAAUAGCUUGUACAGCCUGGAUGUAGCCACCUUAAACUGGAGGGAGCUCUCUUUUACCGAUACUCACCAUGGUCCUAUGAUGAAGAGCCAUUGUGGUAUGAUCGCGCUGCAACUGGAUGACGGCGAAGACUAUCUAGUGGUGAUCGGUGGCGGGGGACCCCAUCCCUCUACAAGACAGAUGGACUCUCAAUAUAGCUGCGACGUACUUUCUGACCUGGAGCGAACGAAUGAAGUCCAUUACUUCUGUUGCAAAUCAAAUGACUGGAUUUCGCCGGCCAUUACAGGAGACAGACCUCUCCCUUGCGAUAGCUUUACUCUCAAUUCUAUUAGCAAUGAUACUGCUAUACUGUUUGGUGGCAAUGAACUAAACAAUAAAGUGUACUACUGUCAAUUUACAAGAGAAUCAGCAUCUUGGAAACAGUUACAUAAUACUUCCAUGGGUCAGUGGCCGAUGGAAAGAUCACAUCACUGCUCUGCUCUUAUAAAGAGCUCUGUAGCGGGACCACACCUACUAACUGUGGGCGGCAAAAACACGAGUGACUCCUGGCUUCUCGACGUUGAUAAAAAGCAAUGGAGUGAGGUUUCUCUGCCAAGGGAAGUUCACGAGAGAAGAGAACAUUCUCUAUGUACCUGGAGCUUGAGCCCAACCGUUCACUGGAUAAUAGAGUUUGGUGGGAAGAGAGAAGGACUGCUUGGGGCAGUACUGAAUGAUACGACAGUUAUAGAACUCAUUUAUUCAACUGAAAAGGAGAAAUGGUUCUCAAACGUCAUACCGAGCGACCGAUAUCAAGAAAGACUGAGGGCAAGAGCUCUGAACGAAAACAACGUCAAUGCCGAAGACGGAGGAAGCGAAGAGGAAGAAGGACCGACCUUUAAGCGGCUCUCUUGUCAAGCUCUGAUAGAGGAAUCUGUGGCAGAGAGAAGGAGAAAAAUGCAGGAAGGACGUGUAGAGAAAAACUGUUGUCAAAUCUUAUAGUGUAAACACAGCCAUCACUUGCCUUUAUCUUAACUUGUGCAAUUUCAAUACGCAAUUCCAUCAUUGUUGUAAAUAAAAUGAUAAUUGUGAUUUUAAGGAAUUCAUUUUUAAGGGCA